AUGUCUCGUCCUGAGCGCGCAUACACCGGCUCAGCUGUCACAUCCCCCAGAGAGAGACACUUCUCAGCUCUGAUAAGAAACUCCAAAAUGCUGUUACGAGUCGCCGUCCCAGGGCGGACCAGCUUUUCAACUUAAUGGUUAUUACCAUCAUGUGCAAUUCUUGUACAACAUCUCAUGGAGUACCAUACAUUACAUCUACCUCAUCCAUUCUCCAGAUGACAGGAGAAUUCAGAGUCCCAGGUUGAAUUGCAUUAAAUAGAAAGACUUUGAAACAUGGGUCCAUCGUUGCUUCACUUGAUAGCCGUCUUUGUGGCCGUCCACGUGAUCCAAUGCCAAGCGGUUUGCAACAGACAAGCUUCACUUGAAUGGCACCCUAAACAACACGCAAUCCAAGUCAAUUGGACCCUCGUAGGAAACAUCUGUAGGAGCGUUUCUGAGUGUUGGAAUUCUCCGGGGGGAGAGGAGUCAACUACAGCUUACAGCUUCCCACAGAUCUGCCCACUUCAGCUGCAACAUGGAGACAAACUGCUGAUGUCUGCUGAUGAAACACUGAAGUCAUACGGCUUCACACUCCUCAAUGUGUCAAAGGAUGAAUUUGAGAGUUGUUCAACGAAUGGACAAAUAAAAGACCAGUUUAUUUUCCCCCACACUAUAAAUGGAACGAAGCAAGUCGAGGCCAAGUGGCUGGUCCCGGGUCAUCAUUACUUCAUCGCUCUGCAUGAGGGGGAAACGCAGCUGUGCAAGCUUGGCCUACGGCUCAACGUGUCUGUUAAAAUGCAACUUUGUCAGGGUUCUCCUCUGCUUCGGCUUUGUUCGGGGAGCGGUGUUUGUCAAACAGGCCUCUGGGAUGGUGUGUACCGCUGUCGAUGCCACCACCACUACUCUGGGAGUUUUUGUGAAAAGUCUGAUGCCUGUUUGGAUAACCCGUGUGAAAACAAAGGAGUCUGUUUGAGCAAUGGAUCCACAGAUCCAAACCACAGAACAUAUACAUGUCUGUGUCCUCCACAUUUUACAGGGGUGAACUGCUCCGAAGUCAUUGGAAAAGAAAGCUGUGACAGAAUUUGUGAAAAUGGGACAUGCGUUCAAGGAUCGCCUGCAUCCUUUAAAUGCAUCUGUGACACAGGAUCCUCUGGCCCACCCUGUGAGAAGAGGAAAGGCCCCUGUGAUCCAAAUCCAUGCAGAAAUGGCGGCGUUUGUCAGCCCACCCCCGAAGGAUUUGUUUGUCGUUGUCCUGAAAAAUUUGGGGGUGUCAACUGCGAAUCCAGAGUGUUCUACGAUUGCAUGUUACACCCAUGUCAGGAGGAACAACUCUGCACUGCAGGGGAGCGUGCCUCUGAUUGUGUCUGUGGCGAUGGUUCUGUGGUCCCAGCCUGCAGGAGGCUUCAGAACCUGUGCAGCCCCUCACCAUGUCUCAACAACGCCACCUGUGUGUCCAGGGGGAAUGAGCAUUUCUGCAGAUGUCUGAGUGGGUUUUCCGGGAAGAAUUGUGAAGAAAUAAUUGACUACUGCAGGCUGCUCAAUAUCAACUGCCUGAAUGAGGGAUUGUGCUUGAGUGUAAUUGGCAGGUAUCAGUGUGUUUGUGCCCCAGGAUGGAUUGGAGAGUUUUGUCAAUAUGUAGGCGAUGCCUGCCUGAUAAAGCCAAACAGCUGUUUGAAUGGAGCAACAUGCAUCGCAACAAGUCAGCCAUCCUCUCCUCCACGAUACACCUGCAAGUGCCCCCACGGCUUCACAGGAACGAACUGUGAGACUGAGAUUAACGAGUGUGACUCCAGUCCCUGUCAGCACAAUGGCACAUGCUCUGACUUGUUAGGACACCACCAAUGCCAAUGUCCUGCAGGAUUUCUGGGAAGAAACUGUGAAGUUGACAUAGAUGCCUGUUCCCUACCCAACAUCACAUGUCCACCAAAGACAGAGUGUUUGGAUCUCCCAGGUGGCCUUGAAUAUGCCUGCCGCGUUCCCUGCCCUCAAACCCUUCAACCUUGUGCCAGCGGAGGACGCUGUGUGUUGAAUGAUUCCAGAAGCUACACCUGCAUCUGUACACCUGGUUGGUCGGGUCAAAACUGCCGUAUCAAUGUCAAUGAUUGUGUUCAACACUGGUGUCGAAAUGGAGCCACUUGUGUGGAUGCGAUUGAUGGUUACAGCUGCCUUUGUCCCAGAGGGUACGCCGGCGUCUACUGUGAAGAGGACAUUGAUUACUGUGUUGGCCAUCGAUGCUCGGAACAUGGCGUUUGCCUAGACCAGCAGUAUAACUUUACCUGCCGCUGCAUGCUUGGAUUUGAAGGGUCGCUCUGUGAACUGGACAUAAAUGAGUGCAACAGCUUCCCCUGUGCAGGCGGCGCCACCUGUGUGGACCUGAUCAGUGAUUAUCGGUGCCACUGUCCCCCAGGAUUUGAGGGAAGGACCUGCUCAGAGAAUGUAAAUGACUGCUGGUCGCAGCCUUGUCUGAAUGGAGGCUUGUGCAAGGAUCUAGUAAACGACUAUAUUUGUCACUGUCCUGUUGGGUUCAAGGGGAAAGAUUGCUCUGUGGAUAUUGACCUUUGCUCAUUUGGACUCUGCAGUGAACAUACAUUAAUAUGCAGUGAGACCAAGGAUGGACAGAAUGUUUCUUGCACGUGUAAAAGAGGGUUUGGAGGAUCAUUAUGUGAAGUAAAUCUCAAUGAGUGUGACUCAAAGCCCUGCCAGAACGGGGGUAUGUGUGUGGACGGCAUUGACCUGUAUCAGUGCUUCUGCUCAGAGGGGUUUGGGGGGUUUAACUGUGAAAUCAACUAUGAUGAAUGUGUCCAUGGAUACUGCGCCAAUAAUUCCUCGUGUAUUGACCUGGUUGCAGACUAUGAGUGCAUCUGUCCUUUGGGCUUUGCUGGUAAGAAUUGCUCCACAUCCGUCUCAGUGUGUGCAUCAGAUGGUGAGUUGUGCAGUAAUGGAGGAACCUGUUUCUACAACUCAGCGGGGAAAAUACAAUGCAUUUGCCCUCCAGGAUACCAGGGCAAUGAGUGCUCCUCAUCUGUGAACCAAUGCGUGUCAAAUCCUUGCCACCCUGAGGGAACUCUCCUCUGUGAAGAACUGGCAAACACGUAUAGAUGUGUGUGUCAAAAUGGGUACUCUGGACCGCACUGCAAAACACUAAUAAACCACUGUGUCGAUGGCCUAUGUCAACAUGGUUCAGCGUGUUUGGAUCUAUCAAGAGGGUUCAAGUGUGAUUGUUUACCAGGGCUAACAGGCCAAUUUUGUGAGGUAAACAUUGACGAUUGUGAAGAACAGCCGUGUGGAGCCCUGAGUGUUUGUAAAGAUGCUCUCGAUGGCUACAUUUGCUUCUGUGCACCUGGAUUUAUUGGAAAUGACUGCGAGAUUGAAGUGAAUGAAUGUCUCAGUGAGAAUUGUCAGAAUGGAGGUUCCUGCGUUGAUGAUCUUAACUCUUUCACAUGCCAGUGUCCUCUUGGAAUCACAGGGAACUACUGUGAAGUCAACAUAGACGAGUGCAUGUCCUCCCCCUGCCUGCACAAUGCUACGUGCCUUGACCUUGUUCAUGGCUACAGAUGUGUCUGUAUGCCUGGCUUUACAGGUACAGAGUGUGAACUUGACAUUGAUGACUGUGCUUCAUCGCCAUGCAAGAAUGGAGCCACAUGCAUUGACCAGCCUGGUAAUUACUUCUGCCAAUGUGCGGCUCCAUUUAAAGGUCAUAAUUGCGAGUUCUUACCCUGUGAGGCCAGUAAUCCAUGCGAGAAUGGUGCAGUGUGUGUGGAGGAGUUGGAUCAGGACCAUUUCCCUCUUGGUUUCCGCUGUCACUGUCGCCGUGGAUUCACUGGCCCCCGCUGUGAAAUCAAUGUGGAUGAGUGCAGCUCCAGCCCCUGCUGUCACGGUUUCUGCUACGAUGUUGUAGACGGAUUCUACUGCCUUUGCAAUCCUGGUUAUGCUGGGCUGAGAUGUGAGCAAGACAUUGAUGACUGCGUGAACAGUUUGUGCAGCUCCAACUCGAUAUGUAGAGACCUCCAUCUGAGUUACGAGUGUGUGUGUCACUCAGGCUGGGAGGGGGAGUUCUGCCAACGAGAAAUUGAUGAAUGUUUAUCGCAGCCAUGCAAAAACAACGCAACCUGCACAGACCUUCUUAACAGCUACAAGUGUCUGUGCUCUCUGGGCUGGACAGGUGUGGACUGUGCAGAGGAUGUGGAUGAGUGUGAUUCUGGGCCCUGUCUAAAUGGAGCUCAGUGUCAGGAGUCAGAUGUACCUGGGGAGUUUUCCUGCACCUGUCCCCCCUUCUUCAGCGGCCCCUUGUGCAACCAUCCCUAUGACCCCUGCGACCCCCUCCACAAUCCCUGCCUGCACAACUCCACCUGCCUGACACGCUCCAAUGGAACAGCCUCCUGCAGAUGCCCAGCUGGAUUCGAAGGAAGUUGGUGUGAAAUUGACACCAAUGAGUGUAGCUCAAAUCCAUGCCGGAACCAGGGCGACUGUGUGGACCGGGUCAACGGCUACGGCUGUGAAUGUAAGAUGGGAUUUUCUGGCCUUCACUGUGAGGAAGACAUCAAUGAGUGCACCUCUAGCCCGUGCCACAACUCUGCCAUUUGUCAAGACCUUGUGAACAAGUUCACCUGCGUCUGCCCCCCUGGUUAUUUUGGAACGCUGUGUGACCUGGAUGUGAAUGAGUGUGAAGUUUCACCUUGCCUACACGAGGGCAUCUGUAUCAACACCCUCGGGGGCUUCGAGUGUGUCUGUCGUCCUGGAUACUCAGGGGCACGGUGUGAAGAGAGAAUCGAUGAGUGCGUUUCCAACCCAUGCCAAAAUCAUGGGAAAUGUAUCGAUGCGCCUAAUCGAUACCGCUGCUCGUGUCCUGAUGGCUUUAUUGGGCUCCACUGUGAAACCAACAUUGAUGAAUGCAUGUCAGCGCCCUGUCUCCAUGGGAGCUGUAAAGAUGGAGUAUAUUCCUACUCCUGUGUCUGUGAAUCUGGGUGGACUGGCAGCAGAUGUGAAACAAACAUUGACGAAUGUGCAUCCUUUCCCUGCUUUAACGGAGGAUCGUGUGUGGAUCUCAUUGAUAAAUAUGCAUGUUUCUGUCAGGAUGGUUACAAAGGGAAAAUGUGUGAGAUUGAUAUUGAUGUCUGCAAAGACACCGCUUUUAAUCUCUCCCUGUGUUUCAAUGGAGCUACGUGCCUUGACGGUGAUGGAUCAAACUUUACAUGCAGCUGUCCACCAGGUUUCAUGGGAGAUUUCUGCGAAGUGGAUGUUAACGAAUGUUGCUCAGCUCCCUGCCACAACGGUGCCAUUUGCCAAGAUCUUAUUAAUAGCUACGUCUGCCACUGCAGGUCAGGUUGGACAGGCCUUCACUGUGAGGAUGACAUUAAUGAGUGCCUUCCCCAGCCCUGCAACCAGGGGAUAUGCAUUCAGAAUGAUCCGGGCUACGGCUACACCUGUUUCUGUCGUCCUGGAUUUGUGGGGAGGAACUGCGAGCACAACUAUGAUGAUUGCCUGUUGAAUCCAUGUCCAGAAGCCUUUUCCUGUGUAGAUGGCAUCAACAAGGUCAGCUGCCUGCCUCCUGUUACCGAUGCUGUUCCCUUGGCGACGGUAGUAAAGAACACCACUGACGGCUCCUCACCUAGGAUGCAAACGCCAACUAUCGGCCCAGCUACAGCAGCUGAGGAAUCCACAGAUUCAAGCUAUGUUCAUUACUUUGGGAAUUCAUACCUGGAGUAUGAAGGUAUUGACCUCAGCGCACUCAACAACAUCACUGUGAGAUUUCAGACGCAAGUAUCCCAGGGAACCAUACUUUAUGUGGACCAAGGACCGGCCAACGGUGAUUUGUUUUUCAUGAAACUCUUCAUCUUGAAUGGAAGCUUGCAGUACGCCUUUUGCUGUAAUGAAGAAGAAGAGGUCACACGGAUCAGUACAAUAAUUCAUGUCGCUGAUGGCCAGGUUCACAUCGUUAAUAUCAGACAACACCUGACCCCCUGUGAGGCAGAGCUAACUAUUUCUGGUCAUGAGAAAAUCAGAAGUACAGCAAGUAAUUACUGGUUGGGACACAUCAUACAAAGAACAAACCACGUCUUCACAGGCGGUCUGCCACAACACUAUAGACUCAAUCAGAGAGCAAAACCUUUCCACAACUAUACUGGAUGCAUGGAAAUGAUUGAAAUGAAUAAACUGAGGAGCUUUUACACAUCUGAUGCCAUCGGCGGCAGCAACAUAGACCAAUGCAGAUUUUCUCCAUCUGCCAUAGAAGACUCCUCAAAAAGUUGGACAAAUCAAUCCACCAAUCCUGACAGAGUGACCACAACAACAACAACAACAACAACAAUGGCAGCUCCUGCACAAACUCCAAAACAACUUCUGCAUGAACCUGGAGUUUGCUUUGAUGGUCUUUGCCUCAAUGGAGGAACAUGUCACGAUGUGCAGCUGCCUGCUGGAUCUCUGCCUACCUGUCAAUGCCCGCUUCAUUUUACGGGAACUUUUUGUGAGAAAGGUAUCACAGUAUACAUCCCCUCAUUUGAUGGCACAUCUUAUUUGGAGCUGCAGCCCCUUUCAUCCCAUCUCCAGCCUUCUGGUGCCACUAAUAAUCUCCCUGCUACGCUCAAGGACACCACUGUUAUUCUUAGUUUGACAGUGAAAACCAGAUCUGCUCAAGGCACAAUCCUCUACACUCAACAGCAGAACUUGGGGGAACAGUUCCUUCAUGUGUUCCUUCAAGAUGGAAGUGCUGUUGCUAAACUUGGGUGUGGUAGCGGUCAUGUUCUGCAUGCUGCUGCGGGCCAGAACAUCAAUAACAACAGAUGGGUGCCCAUCACAAUCAGAUACAAUCUGCCUGUUGGCAAACAAGGAGGGUCCUGUAUGAUUGAAAUUGCUGCCGAUAAUGGCACAGCUCAGCGUCUCGAGGAGAACGUGUCAAACCCUGUGUCAGAGGGAACCUUUGGACCCAUAUUUCUUGGGGAUGUUUCAUCCCACUGGGAAAUGCAUGAUGGGAGUGCAAAGGGAGCAAGGAGAUUCAUUGGAUGUAUCGGGCAGCUUCAGGUCAACUCAAAAGAGAUUUACCUGGUGGGUGAGGCUGUGAGCGGGAGAAACAUCAAGAAUUGUGACCCGCCUGUCUGCCAACACCUUCCCUGUCGUAACGGAGGAACGUGUGUAAGGAAACGUUUGCAAGGGUGCCUGGAAGAGGUCAGGAAAAUAUCGAACAGCCGUCUGCUAAAACAGGAGCCUGAUGAUGCUGAGGACUGGUUCUGUGAGUGCCCCCCGCUCUACACAGGCCGACUGUGCCAGUUCAACGCCUGCGAGCGCAACCCCUGCGGUCACGGAGCAACAUGCAUCCCAAAGUCUCCGUUGGAGGCCGUGUGUCUCUGCCCGUACGGAAGACAAGGUCUACUGUGUGAUGAACCCAUCAAUAUUACUCGUGCCAGAUUCAGUGGAAGUGAUGAGUUUGGUUACACUUCUUUCGUGGCGUAUUCCUCCAUCCCGAGCCUGAGUUUCUUCUACGAGUUCAAGCUGAAAUUCACACUGGCCAAUAAUUCAUCUUCUUUGAAAGACAACCUGAUGCUGUUCGCUGGGCAUAAAGGACAAGGCGAUGAUGGUGAUGACUUCCUUGUUUUAGGACUGCGGAAUGGCCGAGUGGUGCAUAGAUUCAACCUUGGAUCGGGCGUGGCAGUCAUAUUCAGUGAUCGACUGAACCUGCAGACCAACAUUCACACCGUUACGUUUGGAAGGUCAAAGAGAACCGGAUGGCUGAAGGUUGACGGGCAACGUAACAGAACAGGAUCUUCUCCAGGCCCCCUGCUGGGCCUCAAUGUUUUCAACCAGCUCUUUGUGGGUGGAUAUAAUGAGUACACCCCUGAACUCCUGCCACUUGGAUCCAGGUUCCGUAAUGGCUUUCAGGGGUGCAUUUUUGAUGUGCAGUUUCGCACAAGAAGAGACAGAAAGUUCCAAGUGCUGGGCCAGCCUGCGGGACAUCCAGCCUUCGGGCGCAGCGUGGGUCAGUGUGGAGUCACCCCUUGUGUUCAUGUUCACUGCAGAAAUGGGGGGACAUGCGUGGACUCUGGCUCAUCUGUGUAUUGCCAGUGCCCAUUUGGAUGGAAGGGAGCACUCUGCUCUGAGACGGUGUCUGUGUGUGAUGUGGAGCACACCCCCCCUCCUCUGUGCGCCCAUGGCUCCACCUGCAUCCCCCUGCCCAAUGGAUAUACCUGCCAGUGCCCCCUGGGGACUGCAGGGCUCUACUGCGAGAAAGCUGUGACCAUCAGUGAUCCGUUCUUCAGCGGUAACCAGUCUUCAUGGAUGUCAUUCCCACCUAUGAGCAUUAGACACAGGACUGUUCUGCAGCUGCAGUUCCAGCCUUUAUCACCUGAUGGCAUCCUUGUCUACACUGCACAGCACCUCAGUGCCAGAUCUGGAGACUUCUUGUGCCUCUCCUUGACAUCGGGGUUUGUCCAGCUGCGGUACAAUUUGGGGGAUGGCCCCCACAUCCUGCAGUCUGUAGAGCGAGUGGACUCACGUGGGAGGACCUGGCACUCGGUGACGGCUGGCCGGGUCGGUCACCAAGGCUUCCUCAGUCUGGACAACAAGGAGACUAGAGAGAAUGUGACUGGGGGGAUGGCCACUCUCGAUGUUGCUACUGACAUCUUCAUCGGGGGCGUGUCAACCUUAAGCUUCGUCUCCACAGAUGCAACAGAAAAGGAGCCGGUGGGCUUCACUGGGGGUUUAAGAGAACUCAUACUGAACGGGGAAGAGUUGGAGUUAACAGAGAUGGGGGCUAUAAGUGGAGCAAAUGUGGGGGACUGGGAUGGGACCGCCUGUGGGUAUACAGUGUGCAAAAACGGAGGACACUGCAGGUCAACAGGAAGUGACUCAUUUAUGUGUGUGUGUCCGCCAUCUUGGACUGGCUCUGUGUGUAACCAGUCCGUAAGCUGCUUGAACCACGUCUGCAGACAGGGUUCCUUAUGUGCCCCAUCUGGUGUCCCCUCAUACCGCUGCAUAUGCCCUUUGGGACUGGGUGGAAGGUACUGCGACUCAGAAAUAGCCACGGACACUCUCAAGUUUGUGGGAAGCUCAUAUGUUAAAUACCAGGACCCGAGAUACAACACGAGGAAUUUUAAAUACACACAGGUUUCUUUCAGCUUUAAAACCAGCUCGAAUAACAGUUUGGUAAUGUGGAUGGGGAAGGCUGAACAUGAAGAUGACGACUACCUCGCAGUGGGACUUGAAAACGGACACCUCAAAGUUGCUGUAAAUCUUGGGGAGAGGCUUUCCCUGCCAAUAACUUUCAGAAAUGUCACACUGUGCUGCAACACGUGGCACAAUGUUUCUAUAUCUUUAAACAGCACAAUUAUCCAGGUGGUGGUGGACAAUAAGAGAGUCCUCCAAGAUUUAGAUCCAUUUGAGCGUUACGUGGCUUUAAACUACGGAGGUCAGCUUUACUUUGGGGGGUUUGAAGUGUACAGAAAUGUAUCAAUUGUUACUUCUGGGUUGUUUUUAAAAGGCUUUGAAGGAAAUCUAAGAAAUGUUUUUUUGUUUAAAGAUACCAAGCCAUUGCAGUUUCUCAGGAAUAGUAAGGGAUUCGAUGUUUACGAGGGCAAUGAAUAGUAGUGACAUUUUGUGAUGUAUCUGAGGAGAUUAAAAUGUUAUCACUUAAAGGUGGGGUAGGUAAGUUUGAGAAACCGGCUCGGGAUACAGUUUUUGUUAUAUUCCAUGGAAUGCUCUUAACAUCCCGAUAGCAAUGAAUAUCUUAAAUGCUUUGACAAAAAAUAUAUAAAAAAAUGUCAUCUGUGGAAGCCGUAGUACUGUAAAAAGCACGACCAAUUAUUUUAGCCGGCCCGGCUAAAGUAACUGGAUGGCCUACCUGCCUGUCAGCUUUCCAUCUGUGCACAAACUUAUCUCGUGCCCUCAUUGGUCAUGAGCGCGUUUGUGUGUGUUGGAGGAGGGGCUCUGUAAGGAAGUGGCAGAUUUUUUCCGGCUGUGUAUUUUCAAAUUCUAGCGCACUCGAGCUGGUUUCUCCAAAAUUACCUACCCCACCUUUAACUGUUUUAAACUUGUUUCUGCAAAAUUGUACUGCUUGAUUUCCAUGUGACUGAUAUAUAGAUCAGGAUGAAAUCAAUGUGAUACGGGUAGAUGUUUCAGAAUAAAUGUAAUACAACUUUUAUGAUUAAAUAUUUCAAACAUA